AAGGAGUGGAGCCCUUCCCCAUUCGUAUCCACUCAUCCGUCCUGUGACGAGGGACGACGGCGAUAAGAACAGUAAUAAGAUAAUAGAAGCAUAAGAUAAGACAUAGAAUACGAUCGCGACAUUGCCAAGAUGGGACUGAGACCGUGUUUUUUGUUAGUGCUUUCUUGUGUCACGGUGGGAGUGGUGCACGGGGCGAAUCCGAACUAUUCCUACCACGUGAAAAUCGACGACGCCGCUCAUGCGAAUUAUCAGGAAAAAGCGGAAACGAGAAAGGGACCAGAUGCGGUCGGAUUCUACAGCGUCGUGGAUCCGAACGGAUCCCUUCGAACGGUGGAAUAUACCGCGGACGAUCGAGGCUUCAACCCCACCGUGACCUAUUCGCAUGCAGGGUCCCAUGUUUAUCAUAGCCAUGGAUCUACUGCUGCGGCCGUUGGAACGUAUGCACCUGCCUUCGUGCAGGACAGCAGGGUUCAGAUUGUCGACAAAUUCACCGGACCACCACCAGCUCUGAACGUCCAACCGUUCCAGUUGCCUGCUCCGUCCAGUUUUGCCAAUGCUGGACCACUCGUCGUCCCCGCGCCGGUGCGACCCGCACCUCCACCCCAGCUUAUUGCGCAGGCGCAAGGAGUUGAAUAUGCCCCCGCGUACAUGCCACCAGUCACUGCGUUUGUCCAACAACAGGCUUAUCUUCCACCACCACAAGUGACUUAUCAUCAACAAGUGGCUCAACCUGUGGUUCAGGAAACUUAUCUUCCUCCACCACCACCACCACAAGUUACGGCUACUUAUCUUCCACCACCCCCACCACGACAGGUUACCGCUACUUAUCUUCCACCACCUCCACCACCACCACAGGAAGUCGUAGAGGUUGCUCAACCAGUUCGUGAGACUUAUCUUCCUCCACCACGCGUAACUGCGACCUAUCUUCCACCACCUCCCCCACGAGUUACCGCCACUUAUCUGCCCCCACCUCCCCCACGCGUGACCGCCACUUAUCUUCCUCCUCGACAAGAAGUCGUCUACGAGCAACCCUCUCCUGCCGUGAUCGCCGUGGAGAAGCCGUCUCUCCUCGUCUCCGCCCCCAAGAAGGUCUUGCAACCGGAAAUCGUGUCUGUCGAGAAGGCCAGCGUCUCUCUCGUGCAGGACUCGUACUCCGUCGCCCCAGUCAACACGGUCACCGACUACACUGGUCCAACCUACCCAGAAUCCAUCAAGAUCACUUCCGCCAACAAACCACAACAUACUUACGGACCACCCAACUUCACGCCGGGAACGCCAAUCGGCAUCGUUGAGGAGCAACCAGCAGCGGUGACGGUCGUGGAGAAGAAGCCGGUCAAGGUGCACGUUUCCGUGGUUGGACCACCACCUCCACCACCACCACAAGUCGUUCAUGAGCAUGUCGUCGCCCAACCACCACCGCCACAAAUCGUCCAGUAUGCCCCACAAGUUCAGUACGUUCCACAAGCACAGCCCAUCGUUCAACACCAACAAGUAAUCCACCACCAGCAACCACAGCAAUUUAUCCAUCACCAACCUGCCGCCGUGGCUGUCCCAGUAGCGCAAAAGGUCGUGACGGCUGCAGCGCCACUUGGUCUGUACGCAGGAGCGGUCGGAUUUCACACGGGAAAUUCGGGCCCAACUCAAUACCUUCAUAGUUAUGGGACUCAGGGAUUCCAAGUCACCUCUUCCCGUCAAUUUAACAAAGUCUUGACUCAACAUGCCGUCGCCGCCCCGAUCCAAGUGCAACCACAAGUACAACAAGUUCAGGAAGUGUACCACCAUCAACCUCAACAAAUCGCUGUCCCCGUUCAACCCGCACCCGUCCCAGUUGUGCAGCAUCAUCACGUGCAACCCGUCGUUGAACAAUACCACCGAGAAGUUUAUGCCCCCAAAUAUAUUCCCCCUCCAGCCGCACCAGUCGUCCAAGUGCAACAUCAACACGCCCAAGUUGCCGUUCCAGUCGUGGCCCCUCAACCGGCCGCAGUUUACGGACCUCAUCACCAUCUUGCGCAACCUGUCGCGGCCGCAGCAGCGGUCGCAGUGCCAGUUUCCGGAAAGAAACAAAACCCUUUGACCUUUGCCUACUCGUAUGAUCAAGGUGGGGCCAAGGUCAGCCAUUCCUACUCCGGGUCAGGGUGGUAAUCGUAGUCGUUAAAAAAUCAUUCUCCUCCUUGAAUAUGAAAACUGCCUCUAAAUACAUCAUGAUCAUCUCUUAAUCUUAAGUAUCUUCUUGUGUACCUUAUUACUCCGUCGGUCGAAAUGUGAUCGUUUUAUUGGAAAAUAUUUCCGUCUGACUUCCGGUCUGGUUUGUUUGUUUGUUUGUUUUUCCCUGCACGAGCUUAUCCAUCCUACAUAUUUUUUAUAAUGGAAAUUACAUAUAAAAUAAACUAUGCUAUAGUUUCCGUCGGUGAAGAAAAGCUUGUUCUGAUUUUGUACGCCUGAACAAAUAUAAAUUAUCGGAUAAAUGUUAUGUUGUGAUUUCAGCGCUGAAUGUGAUAACUUCUAGAAUCGAAAGAAGAAUAUAUUUCUUAUGAAAUUUAUGAAUAAUAAUAAUAAUACAGUCAAUUUUUAUACUAAUAACGA